UUUUGAUCUUGGUUUCGUGUCCUUUUUGGUGAUGUUUGGUUUCUGCCUGGCUCUUUGACCUUGCACACCUUGAUAAACAUCACCUUCACCCGUCGGUCCUGUUUCAGAGUCGCUUUCGGAACAUCAAACACUCCGUCCAUGAUGAUUUCUUGUUGAUAUUUUCUCUAUCCGCCUCUCUCUCUCUUUUACAUAGUAGGCUUCGAGUUUUUUGCUCAGUUGUGGCUGAAUAUUAAUCGCAACUUUGGUAUUGGACACCAGCAAUUUCACGAUGUUACAAUUCCCAGAGUUCAUGAGCACAUAUAGCUGCUGGGCGGUCUCUUCGUUGACAACCUCAAUUCUGCUUGUCAAAUUCGCUCCGUCUCUAUCAAUAUCUCAAUCAUACUUCUGGACUGCGACAGUGUUAUUCCUGCUUCACGAACUGGUCUGGUUUGUAUACGGCGUUUUGAUCUAUCCUCAUUUCGUCAGUCCUCUACGGCAUCUCCCAUCGGUACCGGGUGGCUCGUUAUUCAGCGGUCAAUGGUCAGCCCUGGUGAAAGAACCGUCAGGGAUCCCUCCGCGACGAUGGGCAAAUGAGAUUCCCAACAACGGUCUCAUCCGGUAUCUGCACCUCUUCAACCGAGAGCGACUCCUCCUCACGAGUCCUCAAGCACUCAGUGAAGUCUUGACCACCAAAAGCUAUGACUUUGUCAAGCCUAAGCUGCUCACCCAGGGUAUCGGACAAGUCUUGGGCAUCGGAGUCCUUCUUGCCGAGGGAGAUGAGCACAAGGCUCAAAGGAAGAGCCUGAUGCCCGCAUUCCACUUCCGCCACAUCAAGGAACUCUACCCUAUUUUCUGGUCCAAGUCUCGAGAAAUGGUCCGAUGCAUCCAGACGGAGCUGAAGAACUCGACCGACCCCAAUGUGUCCGUGGAGGUCAGCGAGUGGAGCAGCAGGGCCACGCUCGACAUAAUCGGCACCGCCGGUAUGGGACAGGAUUUCCAUGCACUGCAAGACCCGGACAACGAGUUGAAUCGUGUGUAUCGCGCCGUGUUCCAACCGGACCGCGCAGCUCAGAUACUCGGCCUGCUCCAGUUCUUCAUUCCGCACAUUAUUCUGCGCAACCUUCCACUCGCCCGAAACAGGAACGUGCAUGCCGCAGCCAACGUUGCCCGGAACACAUGCCGGCGCCUUAUCGAGCAGAAGAAGCAGCGUCUCGCCAACAAAGAGCCCAUGGAGCCAGACAUCAUCUCCGUCGCGCUCGAGUCCGGCGGCUUCACGGACGAGAAGCUCGUGGACAACAUGAUGACGUUCCUGGCGGCGGGGCACGAAACGACCGCAUCGGCAUUCACAUGGGCGAUCUACAGCCUGUGCCAGAACCAGGCGGUCCAGAAGCGGCUGCGCGAAGAGAUCCAUGCGCACAUACCGCGAGGUCUCGAAGCCGACGACAUCACGCACGAAGUCAUCGACAACAUGCCCUAUCUGCACGCCGUGUGCCAGGAGUCCCUGCGUCUGUGGGCGCCCGUGCCUCUGACGCUCCGAGACACCGCCGUCGACACGACAAUCCUAAACCAGUUCGUCCCCAAGGGCACCAAGAUCAUCAUCGCGCCGUGGGCCGUGAACCACAAUAUCGAGCUGUGGGGCGAGGAUGCGGACAAGUUCAACCCGGACAGGUGGAUGGCGCCCGGUCAAGCCAAUGCCGGCGGUGCCGAGAGCAACUAUGCGUUCCUGACGUUCUUGCACGGCCCGCGAAGCUGUAUCGGGAUGAAGUUCGCCGUGGCCGAGUUUGCGUGCUUGCUUGCUGCCUUCGUUGGCACGUGGGAGUUCAAGAUGGUCGACCCGGAUGAAGAGAUUGAAAUCAAGGGUGGUGUUACGGCGAGACCGAAGAAUGGGGUAACGGUGUUUUUGAAGAGUGCAGGUGGAUGGGGCAGUUAGCUGAGGCGCAAGGAGAGCAAGGAUGGAUUUGGAAGAUGGGAGAUAACAAUCGAAGGUCCUUGCAAUGAUUUAUGAGGCACGAUAUACUUGAAAGGAGCGUGUUCAUAUUCUGGGACGCAUGGUUACCUAGGUAGGCUUCGAUGCUCUCUUGGCUCGAUCAUAUUCGUACAUGGGGAUGCGUUUUCUGGC